AUGACUUCAACUCAGUAUUCCGACGGACGUCAAGAGAAGCGUGUUGAGAACUAUACCAAAUUCUGGCAAAAGGACUUUGGUAAGGAGGGUGAAACGGACAAUCAAAACCGUGUUGAGAGCUACACCGACGUUGUAAACGGCUACUACGAUGGUGCAACGGAGCUGUACGAGUAUGGCUGGGCACAGUCCUUCCACUUCUCGCGGUUCUACAAAGGCGAGGCUUUCGUAGCCUCUUUGGCCCGUCAUGAGCACUACCUCUCAGCACAAAUGGGACUUCGCUCUGGCAUGCGAGUACUGGACGUCGGGUGCGGCGUCGGUGGUCCUGCACGCGAGAUUGCACGCUUCGCUGACGUUAAUAUCGUCGGCUUGAACAACAACGAUUUCCAAAUUCAGCGUGCUCGGAAGUACACUAAGAAGGCUGGCCUUGAAAACCAAGUGAGCUUCGCCAAGGGUGAUUUCAUGAAACUGUCGGAACAGUUCGGAGAGAACUCGUUCGAUGCUGUGUACGCAAUUGAAGCCACUGUCCAUGCACCCACAUGGGAGGGUGUGUAUGGUGAAAUUAUGAAGGUUCUGAAGCCUGGAGGAGUGUUCGGUGUCUAUGAAUGGUGCAUGACUGACACGUGGGAUGCAUCCAUUCCUGCACACAAGGAACUUGCGCAUGCCAUCGAGUUUGGCAAUGGUAUCCCAGAAAUGCGUCCCUUGAAGCAAGCCCGCGAAGCUAUGGUCAAGGUUGGCUUCUCCAUUGAGCAUGAAGAGGAUCUCGCCGAACGCCCUGAUGAAGUUCCAUGGUAUUACCCACUGGAAGGCGAUAUAUGGAAGGCCCAGACUGCUUGGGAUUGCUUCACUGUUUGGCGGAUGAGCUGGAGUGGAAAGCUCGUUUCACACACCGCAAUCAAGUUCAUGGAGAUACUUGGUCUUCUGCCCAAGGGCACAUAUGAUGUUGGCGAAUCCCUCAAGGUCGCUGCCGAUGCACUUGUGAAGGGUGGCCAGACAAAACUGUUCACGCCCAUGUAUCUCGCAAUUUGCCGCAAGCCUGCAUUGUCUGAAAGCUAG